UUUUUUUUUUUUUUUUUUUUUUACUGCAGCAUUGACUAAGAGCGCAGAUCGUUCAAUCUAUGACAAGAUUUCACAAAACGAUUCUGAACUUUUUUUUUCUUCUUGCCCGCUUGGACCGUAAACAAUAAAGCAAAUCAGUUUCGCCAAGUUUUUUUUUCUGUACCGAGAGGGGCAAAGCUAUAUUUGUUCAAGAAAGCCUUGUCAAUAAUUCCGCUUUCAUUUGCUUUGGCUCGCUCCCGUUGCCGACUCUUCCAUUCCCUGUCCUUUAUCGACAUUUUAUUUGAUCAAACAACGCCUUGACAGUUAUCAGAUCCAAUUUUUGAUUGGACUGCACGGCCAAAUUUAGAACUGGUUGGUUAUUGAUCAAAAUUCGAGCAUCGAGAGGCUAGAUAUAAGACGAUACGGUUAAGGAUGUCAACGCCUCGUGUCUUCAUUGUCCGCCACGGCGAGACCGAGUGGUCCCUCGACGGCCGCCACACUGGCUCCACGGAUAUUCCCCUGACGGCCAAUGGCGAGAAGCGCGUGAGGGCUACCGGCCGGGCCAUGGUCGGAAAUGACCGCCUGAUCGUGCCCAGAAAGCUCGCACACAUAUACGUAUCUCCUCGUAAGCGCGCCCAGCGCACCUUUGAGCUGCUCAACCUUGGCCUCAAGGACCCUCUCCCAUGGGAACCUCAUGGCGACCUGGAGAAGGAUCCUCGUGACUGCGACACGGCCAAGAUCGAGGUCACCGAGGACAUCCGCGAGUGGGACUAUGGUGAGUACGAGGGCAUCACCAGCCCAGAGAUCAGGGAGAUCCGUAAGAAGCAGGGCAUAGAGGGGAGGUGGGAUAUCUGGAGGGAUGGAUGUCCUGGUGGAGAAAGCCCUGAGGACAUAACCGCCCGGCUUGAUCGCCUCAUAGCCGACAUCCGUAACAAGUUCCACGCGCCGGUGAUGGAAAAGGGAGCAACGGACCCCAAGGAGCCCCAGCCAGCCAGCGACGUGCUCGUCGUGGCGCAUGGUCAUAUCCUCCGGGCUUUCGCCAUGCGCUGGGCCGGCAAGAGUCUCCAGGAUGGGCCGACUUUCAUCCUGGAGGCUGGCGGUGUAGGCAGUCUUAGCUAUGAACACCACAACGUAGCCGAGCCUGCCAUCCUGCUUGGCGGUGCCUUUGUGAUUGACGUUCCCGAAGCGUCCAAGGACUGAAGGGGGUUCUUGAUUACAAGUUUGGACUGGAGGGGGUGUGUGGGCGGUAAACCACAGGUCACAGUUCGUCGAUUUUCGACCAGCCUGAUUCCAGCCGUGGCGCAUAUCUUUGCUCUCCAAAUGGUUGUUUGAUGCGGUCAGACUUUGGGAUCAUAUUCUAUAAACAAAUCAUCCGAGAGGCUGUGCCACGAUGGUGCAUGAGCAUCGGCAACUCGACCUUGGUUGGAUAACAGUCUAAAACAACCUAAGGUCUCGAUACUUUGUGAGACUUUUGCACUGAAAGGAGAUCCAUAUAUGGUAAACCACUAUUUCUGGUCCCCCGCCCUACACCGCUCAUAGAGAGGCAGCGGCCUUCUUGGUCCCCCUAGCGAAAAAGAUGACCGGCUUGACCGUGGAGGAGGCCGGCAUCUCCACACUAUCGACCAGCUCAAAGGCAAAGUCGUCUCCAGCUCCCGCCUGUUCAAACAUAUCCCUGACCUGCUCCGGGGAGAAGCCGUUGUGCGCAAUGGUGGGCGUCGCGUCAAAGACCUCUCCCAUUCCCGCUCCUUCCUGCUGCUGCUUCUCGUGCCCAUGCCCGUGGCCAUCGUGACUGUGCCCGUGAC